UUUGUGAACAGUGGUGGGGAGAGGGAAAGCCAAGCCAUCUUUUCGGGAGAAAUCCUGAACUUCGAUAAAGGAUUAUUUUCGACAAUUCGCAGCUUGCUCAUGCUGCCAAUUUAAACGGUUACCGUGGCAAUGAUUGUACGUGAUACAGCGCCAAAACCUUAUUGAUCACGAGCCCGAUGACCUAGUAAGAUGCCCUACACAGAUGACCUCUGCUCCUUGGAGGUACUAGAUGAAGAAACUAUUCUUGAAACCCUCAGACACAGAUAUGAAAAGGAUAGAUACUAUACAUACAUCGGGGAUAUUCUUAUUGCCUUCAACCCUUGCAAGCCUCUGAAUGUAUUCAGCGAAAAGCACCACAAUAACUACAAAAAUGUUCUGUCACGCAUGUCCAAACCACCUCACCUGUUCUGGGUGGCUGACCGGGCCUACAGAAACAUGGUGGACUCUGGUCAAAACCAGUGCAUCCUGGUCAGUGGAGAGUCCGGUGCUGGGAAGACGGAGUCCACUAAAUACAUCAUCCGGCACCUGAUGCACGUCAGCCCAAGUGUAGACAAACAACUCCUGGAUAAGAUAGUGAAGGUGAAUCCACUUCUGGAGGCUUUUGGGAACGCUGCCACCAAGAUGAACAACAACUCCAGCCGCUUCGGGAAAUUCAUCGAGCUGCAUUACAAUGAUCAUGGAACUCUACUCGGAGCUAAAAUAGAUGACUACAUUCUGGAGAAGUCCCGAGUUGUUCACCGCUCUGCGGGUGAGAAGAACUUCCACAUCUUCUACGCUCUGUUUGCCGGGAUGUCCCGGGACCGCCUCCUGUACUACUUCCUGGAGGAUCCAGACUCACACAGAAUCAUGCGAGAUGCUGACCCCACCAAGAGUGUGUACGAGACCCCCGAGGAGUUCCAGCACUACCAGAGGAUGUUUGGGGACCUCACCUGCCUCAUGUUCCAGAUCGGAUUCACAGAAGAGCAUUUGACGGUGAUCUACAUCAUCCUGGCUUCCAUCUUGCACUUGGCCAACAUCGUCUUCCUUCCCUGUGAGGACACGGAUGGCGUAACAGUAGCGGAUGAGUACCCACUUGCGGCAGUCGUAAAACUACUCGGCAUCGAAAACGAAAUGUCCCUCACAGAAGCUCUUAUCUCUAACGUCAACACCAUCAAAGGCGAAAGAAUCCAAAGCUGGAAAACCCUGAGGGAAGCUAACGACGGACGGGAUGCCCUUUCCAAGGAAUUGUAUGCCAGGCUGUUUGGCUGGAUUGUCGGUCAAGUCAACAGGAAUCUGUGGCCGGAAAACUCGGAAGAACUAAAACUUGUCCGAGGGCCCUCCAUCGGUCUGCUAGACAUGUCAGGGUUUGAGAACUUCCACAGUAACUGUUUCGACCAGUUCCUCAUCAACAUCUCCAACGAGCGUCUGCAGCAGUACUUCAUGGACUACAUCUUCCCCCGGGAACAGAAGGAGUAUGAGCUGGAGGGCGUGGAGUGGGCAGACAUAAACUACAGGUCCAACGAUGGGGUGCUGGACCUCGUCUUUUCGCGCCCUCAUGGCAUUUUGUCUCUACUGGACGAGGAGUCGCACUUCCCCCAGUCAACAGACUCAACGUUUGUUCACAAACUCAACAAGUACUGCUCCAAGAGUGACCGCUACCUACCCUUGAGGUCACAAGUUGGGUUCGGUAUACAGCAUUACGCAGAGAAGGUGAUGUACGACGCAAAUGGUUUUCUUGAACGUAACCGUGACAACCUAAGCCAGGACCUGAUGCUGUGCCUUCAGCAGAGCAACAACGACUUUGUCAAGGACCUCUUCAUGGCGUCUCUCUCUGCCACAGGGACCAUCUCACAUUUCGCCAGCAAGUACUCUGGGCGUCCAAAACUGCCUUUAGCAUGGCCCGUGAUGAUCGAGGCAGAUCGACUGAAGGUCAAACUAUCAAGAGAGGCCUCUCUCAAAAUAAAAAGAAGAGGUCUGUCCGGCGACAGUAUUCCAAGUAUGUCAUGCCGAGCGUCUCCAACAGUUAACAAACAUCUCAAGAGGUCCUUGUCAGAUUUGAUGGCUAAACUGUCUCAAGCCCAGCCGCUGUUUGUCAGAUGCCUCAAGCCCAACAAAAACCUCUCUCCAGCCAAGUUUGACAUAACACUGGUCCGUAGACAGUUGCUAUGCAACGGUUUGAUGGAGAUUGCACAGCUUCGUAGGGACGGCUAUCCAAUCAGAGUUCGAUAUGAGGAUUUCGCCGAAAGGUUCUCUGGUGUAUGUGAUGAAGUGAACUACGAUGCUGAUUUCCCAUCUCGCUGUAAGGACAUUCUGAGAGCCGUGCAUGUGCGUGACUACAGACAAGGAAGGUCGAAGCUUUUCCUCAAAAUGUGGCAUAAGGAACAGCUUGAGACUGCUCUGAAGGAAAAGAUCAAAGAGCGAGAGUUUCGCCGACAGUCCCAAGCAUCCUUGCUGACGGUGAUGAGCGAAGGCACAACCGAGCCAGACUACUAUCACUCCACCCUCGGCUCGUUGGACAGCGGUAAUGCCUCCUCGGAUACCAUUCACACCAUCAUGGAGGCUAACCGAGGGAAGAGGAUGUCCGUUCCAAAUCUUCUCAAUGUUUAUCCCACUCCGGAAUUCUCCAAACGGAGGAUGACAAUGGCCAACAUCUCGGGAGAUCUCGUCGGGGGCUCCCUAGACCGUAAAUUGUUCCCCACCAAUCUGUCUGCAUGUGACACAGACAGUAGACGACUCUCUGUGACCGAGACCCUGGAACAGGAGCUGAGUGAAAGUGUGUCCAUGGUGGGGACGGAUGCGCAGAGUCUGUACAACAGUAUCGGGGAGGUGAAGAGUGCCACUGAUGGGGAACACAGGAUCGGGGAAGAUGGGAACGCCAAGGAACCGCUCCCUGACCCAGAGGUUACAUGUGAAGACGAGUCUGUGGAGUCUGAUAAGGAGGACGAGGAUGAUCUCUGGCGACCGUACGACGUCUUCCAGGUAUCAGAACGAGAUUUCGAGGACAAUGACUCCAUAUUCAAUAACAUCCUGAAGGUGAUCCGGUUAUUCCUGUACCUCCUUCUGGUGACAUGCAUCCUGGGAGGGACAGUGUCCAGUAGAUUGUCCCUGCUCCUCAUCACAUCCGGCAUCAGAGAUAAAGACAUGGAUCGGCGUGGGGAAAGCAUGGUCAUCCUGCUCUUCUGUAUAUGUGUUCCCAUAGCCUGGAACUGGCUCAUGGCGUUCAUGAAGAUACUUUUCGGCGGAAAGGACUGGCCCUCGAUAAAAACUGUCUUCAUUGUCACAAUACUAGAGCUUCUACAGACCUGUGGCUACAGCUUGUUUGUGUUCAAAGUACUUCCCAACACAAACUUCUUCUGGGGGAUUAUCCUGACGUUCGCCAUGUUCCAGAUUCCGAGUCUUCUUAAUGUUAUAAUAACAGAGAAGAAACUCAAGCCUGAAGUAUGGGACUGUCUGAAAAUUUUCUGUGCCGUAAUAGCCUUUGUGACACAAUUCGGCGCAGUGUGUUUCUUCACGAUGACUACCUUUAUAACCGAUGGCAAAAACAUUGAAAUAAACGGCGAUAAUGAUGAAGACAGCAAACAAACUGAGGUCACAUUCACACAAUUUGACUGGCAACUUCCUGUGAGCCUCGUGUUGGUGUCAAUUGGAUGGUGGGAAAACUUUCUUUGUGGUGACUGGUCAAUAUUUGGAAAGGUCAAGGUCUCCUUUAAACAAUGGCGAUCUGUGCUUCAUGAGGUUCGUGAGACAACCUAUUUCCUUGUGGGCCCUCUGAAGAUCGGUCUCGCCAUUCUUCUGGCUAGAUUCCUAACGAAAGGCAACUUUGUUCUCCCAAUGACUGAUGAGGAUGUGGAGGACAAAUCUGUCCACCACCUGACUUCCUACAGUUUGAUGUAUCUUCAGAUUGGCUCUGGCAUCGUCGUCACGUAUCUGGCUGGGAUGGCGUGCAAGUUGCACAUGCAGAAGACGGCGUUCGCUCUUCCCCUUCUUCUCUCGACGCCUAUAAGCCUGAUGCUAGUGUAUCUCCAGUACCGCUUUCACUUCCUCCCAAGUAACUGGCACGUUGGCGCGUGGUGUUUCCCGGAGGAGUUUAAGGACAUGGCACUUUACAUUCCUUUAGGAUGUGCAGGAAUACUGUGGAUUUCCUACUGUUUCAUCGUCUCUCAUGUCUGGUUCCCCGAAUGUGAAAGAAUGGCAAAGAUUGAAAAGCUCUUUGUUACACCCCACUACGACGGAAUUUUCCCCGAUUUCAACCUCACGAUGCGACGACGCUGCAACGACAAAGAGGUUCGCAGCAGUCAGCGUCUUGCAGGGGAGGGUGGCAAGGUGGACGUGGACGACUACGUUACGCCGAUGGUGUAUGUCUGUGCUACGAUGUGGCAUGAGACGCGGCAGGAGAUGACCCAGCUGCUGAAAUCUCUGUUUCGACUUGACUACAUGCACUGUGCCAGCAAACUCGCCCAGCAACAGUUCCACAUCCGAGACCCGGAUUACUUCGACCUCGAGAUUCACGUCAUCUUUGAUGAUUCCUUCGAGCUGGAUGAGGAGAAGGACAAAUUUGUGCCCAACAGUUUCGUGUGUCAGUUGAUGGAGGUCAUGGAGGAUGCGGCAAGGUCUGUAGUGAAGGGUCCCAUCACCAUUCCGUCCCCCGAGAAGGUCAACACUCCCUAUGGCGGGCGUCUUGUGUGGACAAUGCCUGGACAGACCAAGCUGAUUGUCCACUGCAAGAACAAGAACAAAAUCAGGCACAGGAAGAGAUGGUCACAGUGCAUGUAUCUGUACUACCUGCUGGGCUUCCGUCUCCUCGGGGGGAAGGGGGCCAACAAACAGAUGGAGGAAGAACACAUGGAGGAAGAGAAAAAACAGGAGGAAGGUCACGUGAGGAACAGGAAGAAGAACAACAAGAAGAAGUCGAAGAAGAAGCCAAAGGGAGUCCCACUGAAGACUCUGCUCAUGCGCAUGCCCCCAGAUAAAUACGAGAAGAUUCUACAGAAAGCGGAGAGCACGUACAUCCUUACUCUGGACGGGGAUGUCGAUUUCAGACCCGGAGCUGUCAAACUUUUGAUUGACAGAAUGAAGAAAAACAGGAAAGUGGGUGCAGUCUGCGGACGGAUUCACCCCAUCGGAUCAGGCCCUAUGGUAUGGUAUCAACAGUUCGAGUACGCUAUUGGUCAUUGGCUCCAAAAGGCUGCUGAACACGUGUUUGGGUGUGUUCUGUGUUGUCCCGGGUGCUUCAGUCUGUUCCGUGGAUCUGCCCUCAUGGACGACAACGUGAUGAAGAUGUACACCACUAAACCCACCGAGGCUCGACACUACAUACAGUUUGAACAAGGUGAAGACCGAUGGCUCUGUACCCUCCUUCUCCAACAAGGUCACCGUAUUGACUACUGCGCAGGCGCUGACGCCUUGACCUUUGCCCCGGAAACGUUCAACGAGUUUUUCAACCAGCGCAGACGAUGGUCUCCUUCCACUCUGGCCAACAUGAUGGACCUGCUGUCUUCCUGGAAGGACACAGUGAGACUCAAUGACAACAUCAGCCGUCCCUACAUCCUGUACCAGUUCAUCCUAAUGGCCUCGACCAUCCUGGCACCCUCCACUGUCAUCCUGAUGAUCACCGGAUCCUACCACUCUGUGCUGGGUAUCGGGGUCUGGUGGUCCUAUCUUUUGUCCAUGGCACCAGUGGCGUUGUACAUCUUCAUAUGCAUGACACAAAAGAGCAAUAUUCAGAUUGGUUCUGCUGCAGUCCUGACGGCUAUAUACACAGUGGUCAUGAUGAUAGCUACAGUUGGAACUAUCAUCAGUAUUGCUACGGAGAACUUCAACAGUCCGAAUGUUGUGUUUCUCAGUGGAUUAACUGCCAUCUUUAUCAUAGCCGGUUUGCUUCACCCUCAGGAGUUUUUCUGUCUGGUGUACGGCGCACUCUACUUCAUGGUGGUCCCCUCAACCUUCAUUCUUCUGACAGUGUUCUAUCUGUGCAACUUGAACAACGUGUCCUGGGGAACUCGCGAAGUGCCGAAGAAGUUGACGCCGGAGGAGGCUGAAAUUGCAGCCAAGGCAGAAGAGGAGAAACAGAGGAAAAAGAGUAAGAGCUUCUUCAGCAUCCUCGGACUCAUGACCUUGGUUCAGGAGCUGAGAGAUGUCAUCAAAGGUUUAAUGGGUCUUAGGAACGAGAUGGAAAAUGCCAACAAAGACGAAGAAAAACAAGAGGAAAAGAACACAGAUAAAACAAAAUCGGACAGUCAAGACAGUGUAAGGCCUGAGAAGGUCCCAAAACAUCCAUCCGGCUGGGAACCCGAUCCUGAUAACCCCUACUGGCUGCAGUAUGAGAAGCUUGGCAAUGGUGGCGUUGAUCACAUUGAUGAAGAUGAAACUGAGUUUUGGAAAUACAUCCUAAAGAAAUAUCUCCACCCCUUAGACGAGGACAAAUCGCACAAACAGAAGAUCAAGGACGAUUUGUUGUCCUUGAGGAACAAUGUUGUCUUCAUCUACCUGAUGCUGAACUUCCUCUGGACCAUCAUAACUCUGCAGCUGCAGACAAUGGAGGCACAGCUGAAGACGUUCUACAUCAUCAGCAAAUAUGAACCUCUGUCCCUUAUCUUCCUGUCAGUGUUCGCUAUCGCCCUAGCACUCCAGUUCUCUAGUAUGUUCAUACACAGAUGGGGGACCUUCCUUCAUCUCAUGUCAAGUACGAGAAUAGAUUGGCUGAAGAAGACUCACACGGAAGAAGACUUUGCCAGGUUUGUGAUCAACGAAACACGACGGCUGCAGACACUGGAGCCGGAUCUUGAACCUGACCCCGAUUACGGUGAUGAUGACGACGACAACGAAGAUGCGUUUACGUCAACGUUUAGCGACACGAACAUAACAGGAGAUGAGCUUUCUCUUCCUGAUCAGGAUUAUUAUGAGACUGUGCACCACGUGCGUGAUCAGACAAUACGCAGGCUGCGUAAUCCUUCCCGUACCACUGUCCCACUGUUACAGACAAUCUUUGAGCAGAAUUUGAAAACUAUGCAAAACCUUCAUAAAUACAAACACGGGACUCUCGCGGCCAGGAACAGUGGGAACAGGUUGAGCAGGAGCGAGAGUCACAAUCGCCGUGUUUGGCCGAGAGCGCAAGAAUUCCGAGACAGGCUUUACAGCAGAAACAACAGAAAUGACUAUGAUGAUGACAGGUUCACGGGCGUUCGCAUUGUCUAAUGGAACUGUCAGUACUAAGUCGUCCGUUAAUAUAUUUAUGUUCUCCUGCUUCUAAAUACUUGUUAAUGACAUCAGAAAUACGUUUAUAUAGAGCAUGUGGACAAGCUCGGCAAUGAAAAUACAGUAAACUACGUUUAUAUCAAACACGCUUAAAACGAACUGAUAGAUAUAACGAACUGGUCUUUUGGCCCAGGCCAUUUGCUGUAUGAAUGCUGUAUAUAUGCCUAUAACGAACUACGAUCACUACUACCACUAAGAUAAAGUGGUCCCUUUGAGUUAAAACCAUAGUUUACACUACCACCAUUGAAAGUUGGAACAACCACACACAAAAACUGGUAUUUGCAAUUAUGGUGAAACGAAAUAAUUGUUAUGUGUUUUUGGUAAAAGUUGACGGAUCACUUUUACCGUUUUAUUGCAUCAUCAUUAUUUUGAUUAUCAUUCACAAUCAUGUUUUAAUACAAUACUGAUGCACGGGACAUUCUUAAAUAGGAUUGGGUGAAAAAUUAGCAUCCAGAAAUCAACCGUUUAGGAAUGGGUCUGCAAGAACGUUAGGGUCGGGUGGUGAGGGGACACAAUGCUAUUUUAUGUGGUCCAACAAAAAUCGAAAAUCUUUUAAAAUUUAGGUAAUCGGAAUUUUACGUAACUUGUUUGUUCAGACUGUCACACUGUGUGAUUCAUGUAUACUGCUAAAAGGUUAAACAACUUCCAAUAUAUGUACACAGUUCUCUGUCAAUCACACACAGUCUUGUAAAGUAGAACUUGGAUUUCAUCUAGAAAUAUCGAGCCCAAAUCCUUUGUACGAUAUUCUGGUAUCGUAACAUUGAAUGUUUAUUAAUUUAUCAGAGGUUGAUAAUUUAUUGUAUCAUAAAAUAUCAAAGUUAAUAUAUAUGAUGUGUAUAUAAUACGAGUUAACAACAAUCUCACCCAAGUGUACUAUAUCACUCGUUUAACUACCGCUAUAGUCCAUGAUAACAUCGUAUGUAAUGCAUGCCUGACACAGUCCAUGAUUCGCAACGUGCGACGAAUAGCUAAGAUUAUUCAUUCCGAUUUCUGAUAUUUCACGACAUGGUACGGCCCGGGCUGGUGGAGAAUGUAAGUCGUACCUUGUUAAAUGCAUUCUAGUGCUAAACUGUAAAAUAAAC